ACAGUUGUAGCUUUGUAAAAAAAAAUUUAUCACAAAAAUGGAAAAGUGGGAAGGAAAAGUUGCUGUAGUAACAGGUGCUUCUUCUGGAAUCGGAGAGGAGACUUGUCGACAACUGGUUGAAAAGGGAAUGAUUGUUGUUGGUUUUGCUAGAAGAGAAGAUAAACUUCAGGAGUUAAAAAAUAAUUUAAAAGGCAAAUUGGGCAAAUUUUUUUACGUUAAAGUUGAUUUGUGUUCGGAAGAAAAUAUUUUGGAAGCUUUUAAUUGGAUAAAAAUUACAUUGAAAUCAAUUGAUGUACUAAUUAACAACGCAGGUGUUUUGAAACAAAGUGAUUUAUUAGGAAACACAAAUGAUUGGAAGCAAAUGUUUGAUACUAAUGUCAUAGGUCUUAACAUUUGCAGUAGAGAAGCCAUAAAAAUCAUGGAGGAAAUAGAAAUCAAAGAAGGCCAUAUAAUAAAUAUUAAUAGUAUUGUAGGUCAUUAUCAGUUACCAUUUAUAAAAGAUUUUUCGGUUUAUAGUGCUACUAAACAUGCUGUUACUGUAAUUACAGAGUCUUUAAGAGAAUUUUUGGGCAUGAAAGAUUUACCCGUCAGAGUCACGAGUAUUAGUCCGGGUGCAGUAGAAACUGAUAUGACUAAAGAAAUGCGCCAAUUAAAAAACAUAAAUAUGUUGAAAUCUAUUGACAUAGCUGAAGCUAUUAUGUACGCGCUGAGUGCACCACAACGUGUUAAUGUCGCUGAAAUCAUCAUAAGACCAACAGGCGAGAAUACAUCAGCUUUUUUAAAGAACACGAUUGAUAAACAUCUAUAAAUGUUUCAAGAAUACCCAAUACA